GGAGUGUGCUGGACCAGAGCCUGGAAAGCCUCCUUCAUCGACUGCGUGGGCUUUGUGACAAUAUGGAGCCAGAAACCUUUGUAGACCAUGAGCUGGUUUUUCUGCUUAAAGCUCAACAAGGAAGUCCGUUUAUUUUAAGGGCCCGGCGUUCUGUGGACAAGCCUGGCAUGCCCUGGCACCUCCGAUACCUUGGGCAGCCAGAAAUUGGAGAUAAAAACCGUUCGGCACUGGUGCGAAACUGUGUGGACAUUGCAACUUCUGAUGGCCUAACAGAGUUUCUGAUAGAGAUGGGCUUCCGAAUGGACCAUGAGUUUGUGGUGAAGGGGCAUGUUUUCCGCAAAGGAAUUAUGAAGAUUGUGGUGUCCAAAAUCUUUCGGAUUCUGCUUCCUGGUAACAUUGAUAAUGUCGAGCCACUGUCGUUGUCAUACCUCGUCGAGCUGAAUGUGGUGGCGCCUCCUGGUCAGGAUGCAGUGUCAGAUGACAUGAAAAGUUUUUCAGAACAGCUGAAGCCUUUAGUUCAUCUGGAGAAAAUUGACCCUAAGAGAUUACAUCAGGUGUAGGGAGCAAUAUGUAACAUUAGUGUGCAUGGUUUGUGUGGUUGGGGAGAAAUGGUAUUCCCGUUGAUGCUCUGGUCUGGCUGAGUUCUGAAUGUGUCUGCUUCUAAAAUUAAAAUGUUUUUCAUGCUUUUAAAAUAUUUUGAAUAAAGUUACUAUUUGUCUUAAACUUGA